AUGGAGCGGUUGCUAGAGCAGUUGGAGCGCUUCGCCGAGGUGCUGGCCGCGUCCCGCACGCGCCACGCGGGCAGUUGGGGGCGCGUGUCCGUGCGCCGCUCCCUGCGCUGGGCCCGUUACCUGCGUCACGUGCACGGGCGCUUCCGCCGCCGCGGCCCAGUGCGGGGUGCGCUGGAGGAGGGGCUGCGUCGGCUGCGGCUGCGGCCUCGGGCCGAGGCCCACGCGGGGCCCUGCUUGGCGUCGGGGCCGGGGCCGCUGCGGAGCUUCGAGGGCUUGGGGCGCGGGGACGAGCUGCUGGCGCUGGGGCUGCUGGAGAACGCGGCCGUGCGAGGCCCCGCGCUGCACGAGCUGCUCCGGCACCUGCGGCCCGAGCGCGGGGAGCCCGAGGAGGACGAGGAGGACGAGGAGGACGAGGCUGGGCUGCGAGAUCGUCUGGCCGAGCUGGCCCGCCGCAAGGCCGCCUCCCAGCUGCUCCUGCAGCUGCUCGGCCCCGACCCCGCCCAGGCCGAGCCCGUGCUUCGGAGAACCGAGGCCGAGCUACUGCUGCAGCGGCUCCGCGAAGAGGCUGAGGGCGAGGCCGAGCCCGGGGCCGAAGCCCUGCUCCUGGACCUCCUGUGGGUGCAGCUGCCCCGGCCCCGCUGGCUGGACGUGGUUACUGAGGCGCUGCUGCUGCAGCCCACGCCCCGGCCCGACGGGGAUGAAGACGAAGAGGAUCCGGGGAACCAGACGGACCUCGGGCCGAGUGCCGCCGAGGCCCUGCUGACCUGGAUCCUGGCGCGGCCGGCCGCGCUGGCCACCCUCUGCCGCCUGCUGCCCGCCCCCGUCCUCUCCUCCCUGGCCGCCCGCUACCCGGCGCUGGCCGAAGCCUUCCUGGACCUGCUUGCACAGUGGGGCGGCCAUCUACAAUUCGACCUCGUGCAGGGCACCUGGGUCGGGACCGGACCCGAGAGGCUGUCCUGGGAGCGCCUCCGCGACUGCUUUCAGUGUUUCUGCCAGAGCCCGACCUCCCUGAGAAGCCAGACUCUGAGAGUCCUGAACAGCUACAGGGCCUUGGACGGGAGCUUCGGCGCCCCGGGGCUCAGCGUGUGGACAGACCUGCUGCGGGACCUCGGAGAGUACGAGCCCACGGGAGAGGCCGAGGAUGCUGAGACCGGGGCAGAGAUGCCCGCGAUUCUGGACUUGGGGUGCAGGCCCUAGCCUGUGAGCUCCCAUAGGGAGAAAAGUGCCCCAGAUCUGCCUCAAGAGUGGCCUUUGGCCUUUCAACACAGUUUACAGGAACUAACGUUAACUGGACAUUCAUCCUGAACAUACCCAUCCUACAUGUACACAAAGUGCAAAAAGUUAUCCCCAAUACUCCAAAAAGAACCCAAACCCUAGUUUUUCCCUCAUUCUCUACCAGCGCUUUAAAUUAGGAAUGCCUUUGACUGAUGCUAUAUAAUCUUUGUCAAAAAAUGGUCUAUUUGACUUUAAA